AUGCCAGACCGUUCAGAAGUGGCCUAUUUUGGUGCUGGGCCGGCGCCCUUACCCACACCUGUCAUCGAGGCCAGUGCUAAAGCCUUUGUUAACUUUGAAAACACUGGCCUCUCGCUGGCGGAAAUCUCUCAUCGCUCGUCCACUGCCAACAAAAUUCUAGCAGAUGCGAAAGAGGCACUAACCACGCUUUAUGACAUCCCCACAGAGGAGUAUGACAUCUUCUUCAUGCAAGCCGGGGGAACUGGAGAGUUCAGUGCCGCUCUGCAGAAUUUAGCUGGCGCCUGGAUCGAGAAGCGCCGGAGAAAGGCAGUGGCCGAACUCGGCGAAGGUAAAGAUGCAGAGGUUCUUGAACGCGUGAAAAACGAGAUUGAAUCUGGAUUCAAGGCGGACUACCUAGUCACAGGAUCUUGGUCUCUCAAAGCUAGCCAAGAAGCGACGAGACUGAUUGGAUCCAAGUAUGUCAAUGUGGCUGUCGAUGCUAGGAAGAGCAACAAUGGCAAAUUCGGCGUCAUUCCUCCCGAGAAGGAGUGGAAGCUGUCACCAAACAGUGCUUUGACUUAUUUCUGUGAUAACGAAACAGUGGACGGCGUUGAAUUCCCAAGCUUUCCAGAGUCCUUGGUGGGCGAUGAUGAAAGAAUCGUCGUGGCCGACAUGUCGAGUAAUUUCCUCAGUCGCAAAAUUGACGUUCGCAAGUUCGGUGUCAUCUUCGGUGGCGCUCAGAAGAACCUGGGUAUAGCCGGUAUCACUGUGGUCAUUAUUCGUAAAUCCCUACUCAGCCUCGUACCGCCCCCAGCAUUCCUGCACGCGCUUUCUCCUGUUCUUCCAAGUUCAGGAGCACUUCCACCGAUCAUGUUCUCUUUCUCGACCAUUGCUUCCAACAACAGUCUUUACAACACGCUUCCUAUCUUCAACCUAUACGUUGCCACACUUGUUCUCCAGAGCCUUGUCUCCGCAUUUGGCUCUCAAAAGGUCUCAGGCCAAGAAGAAGUUGCAGACAAAAAAGCCAAACUUCUAUACGACACUCUCGACAGUUAUCCGGAUGCCUAUCAUGUCGUCCCUGAUAAGAGCGUUCGCAGUCGAAUGAACAUCUGCUUCCGCAUCAUCUCUGGAAAGUCCGAGACUGGAGUCUCUGCUGACGAGGCAAAGGAGAAAGCGUUCCUGUCAGGAGCCGAGAAACGUGGAUUGCUGGGUCUCAAGGGUCAUCGCUCCGUCGGAGGGAUCAGGGCGAGCAACUACAACGCCGUCCCGCUUGAGAAUGCACAGAAGCUGGCACAAUGGUUGGCUGACUUCGCAAAGUCGUAA